AUGAAACCUUCUGAUGCAAUUACUUCAGUCGCUUCACCUGCUUCAUCUAAUACCACACAAUUGUGGACAGUAAAAUAUCGCAAAAAUCUUGAGAAAAGAUCAGAUAGCUGGAAUUUCUUAGAUUAUGGUAUGUCUUUUGCAGAAAUAGCGACAAAAGAAAUAUUCAGAGAUGAGUACAGAUUACAUAGAGAUAGAUUGAAAAAUAGAGGAGGUUUAUUUCUUGAACAAUUAAUUGAGCCGUACACGAAUAGGAUGAUGAAAUGGUCGCAUUUUUUGGCAAAGAAUAACUUAUGUAAAGGACCAGAACCGUUAUGGUACAAGAAAUUAAGUGAAAUGGUGAUAGAUGUCGAAGAGGAUGACAGGGUUGUCAAACACAUUACUUCAUUUCAAGAAAUCUUGACGAGGGAAAACAAUACUAAGGAAAGAAUUAUUGCCUAUAUAAAGACAAAAAGAUCGAGAAGUAAAAAUUAUGAUGAAGUGGGUAAACAUUUAAUUGUGCAUGAAGAGUUGGAGAAUGAGAAUGAAAAGUUUAACUCGCCAUUCUUAAUAGCGACGAUGACAAAAGGGAGGAAAAUUGAGAAUAGUGGAGAUGAGAGUAUAGUGAAACCAUAUAUGACAUCAGAAAAUAUAGAAGCGCAAAAUGAAUCAGUGAUAGAGUCGAAUAUAAAAGAAGUGAAAGAAAUGGACGCGAAUGUUAUGUUGAUUGAUGACAACAAGAUGGACAGUAUGGAUAAUAAAAGAAUAAGAGGAUUCAUUGGCAAAGAAGUAAUAGUGAAUGUGGGUGCAGAUAUUCAAAAAGGGAGAGAAUUGUGUUUGAAUGGGUUUUUUGGGAACGAGCUAAUACCAAAAAAUAAAAUAAGAACAGAUCUAAAUAUCAUUGAAUGGUUAUAUAGUUAUUGUAAAAUGGGGAGUGCAAGGAGAGAACUAGAUGAUAAAUUGUAUAUAUAUUUAAAUUUUAUCAAUACGCUAUUGGAGUUAAAGAACGUAAAGAUGUUAGUUAAAGACGACAAAGCUGAGAUACAAAAAGAAAUUCAAGACGGGAAGUUUGCGUUAAGAUGGAAUUAUAUUCCGAUAGAAGGUGCAUUCAGAUCAUGGCUUAAAGAGUUGAGUUUUAAUAACACGAAAAUUGACAUAAUGUUAUUGGAUUAUGUUAGAGAUUGUUUCAUAGAAUCAGAUGGAAGGAAUAUAACGAUAGAUUGGAGCGCAUCAUUUAAGUUAAUAAAUAACGAGAUUACAACGUCAAAAAACGUUACGAACAGAGAUGAUGCUACGACAAGAAGUUUCAGAGUCAAGAAUUUCUUGAAAAUUCUGCCAACAUUACAAAGUGUUAUGGGAAAGGAAAGUGUGGGUAUCGACGAAAUUUUGAAUAAUGACGGUGGCGUAUGCAAUGGAGAAGAAAAAGUUCGUUUUAAAGAAAGGAUUAUAGAUUUGGCGGAGAAUUGCUCGUUAAUAACAAAAACAGAAAAGUUAAUAUAUGAAAUAAAAAGAGGAAUUGUAAACAAGAAAUGGUGGACGCUCUGCAAGAUUAAAGGCCAGCAUGAGUUACAAUUUCGCAUAUUUGAUGAAUUUAUGAGGAAAUACAGCAACAAAUUUGGAUUAACAGGUGUAAUGAUACGAUUGAAUUAG